UGGUCGGUCAGGCUGGCGGGCAGCGGCGAGCGAGGAGGGACAGCCCGGGCGCUGCCGGCUCGCUGCCUGCGGGAGGGCUCGGCGUUCCUCGCCGCGCUAAUUGCCCGUCAUUAAAGUUGAGCAGACGUCCGAAACGGCGCUGGGAGCAGAGGAGGCAGGUGGUGCCUGGAGCUCGGGCUGCUGGCCGGCCGGGCCAGGGUUAAGCGCUCGCCUGUUCCCUGCUGCACGGCUCGCGGCCAGCUCGCCUUCAGUGAGAAGCCAAAGUCACCGCCGGGGACCCAGGAGGCGGCCGCCAGCCGGGCGGACCCGCACCGGACCCCUCCCCCAUCACGGCCUGGAGGUGGAGAGACUGAACGUGGGGGUUCCGGGGCAGGAAGCCCCUCGCCAGCCCGGCGCCUGGGGGCGGAGAGCGACAGGGGCUGCGGGGACAUCGAGAUGGCCGAUGAGAUAGACUGGCUGGACUUGCCGGGCCGGUGGACCUACGGGGUUGACAGCGGUGGGAGAAUCUUUUUCAUCAAUGAUGAGGAGAAGUCAACCAGCUGGGUGCACCCUGGCACAGAGUCGCCCAUCCAGAGUGGACACUGCUGCAGCCCAGGUCUGCCCGCCGGCUGGGAGACGGAUUCCACCCGGGAGGGAGCCGUGUACUUCAUCAACCACAAUGAAAGACGGAAUACAUUUCUACACCCAGUGACCGGCCAGGUCCCAGAGGAAAACAAGAAAUUCGACUUGAAAACAUCAGCCUUGGACAUGUCCAAUAAAACAGGUGGGAAACGCCCGGCUACCACCAACAGUGACAUACCCAACCACAGCAUGGUGUCCGAGGUCCCUCCAGAGCGGCCCAGCAUCCGGGCGACCCGAACGUCCCGCAAGGCCAUCGCCUUUGGCAAGCGCUCACACUCCAUGAAGAGGAACCCCAACGCACCCGUCACCAAGGCGGGCUGGCUCUUCAAACAGGCCAGCUCCGGGGUCAAGCAGUGGAACAAGCGCUGGUUUGUCCUGGUGGACCGCUGCCUCUUCUACUAUAAAGAUGAUAAGGAGGAGAGCAUCCUGGGCAGCAUACCCCUCCUGAGCUUCCGGGUCGCCGCGGUGCAGCCGUCCGACAACAUCAGCCGGAAACACACAUUUAAGGUGACUGUGUGCUGGGUGGACGAGGCCGGGGCCAGUUCCACACACUGCCUGUCCCCACAGGCUGAGCACGCAGGGGUCCGCACCUACUUCUUCAGUGCCGAGAGCCCCGAGGAGCAGGAGGCCUGGAUCCAGGCCAUGGGAGAAGCUGCCCGAGUCCAGAUUCCUCCAGCCCAGAAGUCAGUGCCCCAAGCUGUGCGUCACAGCCAUGAGAAGCCAGACUCAGAGAACAUCCCACCCAGCAAGCAGCACCACCAGCCACCCCACAACAGCCUCCCCAAGCUUGAACCAGAGACCAAAACGCGCGGGGAAGGUGAUGGCCGGGGCUGUGAGAAGGCAGAGAGAAGGCCCGAGAGGCCGGACACCAAGAAGGAGCCCCUGGUGAAAGCCAACGGCAUCCCAGCUGGACAGGAGCCAGCCUCAGAGCCAGGCAGCCCUUACCCUGAGGGCCCGAGGGUCCCAGGGGGAGGGGAGCAGCCCGCCCAACCCAAUGGUUGGCAGUACAGCUCCCCGAGCCGGCACACAGGGGGCACGGUUGGCCCACCUCAGGAUGGGGAGAGCGGGGAUCACCGGCGGAGCUUCCCCCCACGCUCCAACCCUGACAAGAUCGCCCAGCGCAAGAGCUCCAUGAACCAGCUCCAGCAGUGGGUGAACCUGCGCCGGGGGGUGCCGCCACCAGAAGACCUCCGGAGUCCCUCUAGGUUCUACCCUGUGUCCCGCAGGGUCCCUGAGUAUUAUGGCCCCUACUCCUCGCAGUAUCCCGACGAUUACCAGUACUACCCACCAGGGGUGCGGCCGGACAGCAUCUGCUCCAUGCCUGCCUACGACCGGAUCAGCCCGCCCUGGGCCCUGGAGGACAAGCGCCCCUCCUUCCGGAAUGGAGGCGGCCCCGCCUACCAGCUGCGGGAGUGGAAGGAGCCAGCAGGCUAUGGGAGGCAGGAUGGCACCAUGUGGAUCCCCAGCCCUUCCCGACAGCCAGCCUAUUAUGACGAGCUGGAUGCCGCCGCCGGCUCCCUGUGCCGCCUGUCCCUGCAGCCCCGUUCCCACUCUGUGCCACGUUCGCCCAGCCAGGGCUCCUACAGCCGCGCCCGCAUAUACUCCCCCGUCCGCUCACCCAGUGCCCGUUUUGAGCGGCUGCCGCCUCGCAGUGAAGACAUCUACGCUGACCCUGCCGCCUAUGUGAUGAGGCGCUCCAUCAGUUCCCCCAAGUAUGAUUACCUGGGAGACAGGCGGCCAGUCCCUGCAGGACUGUUCCCCUACAACUACCCACCGUCCCCCACGGUCCACGAUAAGAUGGAUGAACUUUUAGAUCUUCAAUUGCAAAGAAACCUUGAGUAUUUGGAUGAGCAGAUGAGUGAGAGCGAGACUCUCAUCAGUAUGGUGAACCGCAUGGUGGAGAGCUCCUCCCCCAGGGCCCAGCUCUUCAUGCAAGUCCCUCCGUACCCAGAAGUGUUCCGAGACGGCCUCCACACCUACAAGUUAAACGAGCAAGACACAGAUAAGCUGCUGGGCAAACUGUGCGAGCAGAACAAGGUGGUGAGGGAGCAGGAACGGCUGGUGCAGCAGCUUCGAGCUGAGAAGGAGAGCCUGGAAAGUGCCUUGAUGGGGACCCACCAGGAGCUGGAGAUGUUUGGAAGCCAGCCCGCCUACCCGGAGAAGCUGCUGCACAAGAAGGAAUCUCUGCAGAACCAGCUCAUCAACAUCCGGGUGGAGCUGUCACAGGCGACCACGGCCCUGGCCAACAGCACCGUAGAGUAUGAGCACCUCGAGGCUGAGGUCUCCGCCCUACAUGACGACCUCUGGGAGCAGCUCAAUCUGGACAUCCAGAAUGAGGUGCUCAACCGGCAGAUCCAGAAGGAGAUCUGGAGGAUCCAGGACGUGAUGGAGGGGCUGCGGAAGAACAACCCGUCCCGGGGCACGGACACAGCCAAGCACAGAGGAGGACUUGGUCCCUCGGCCACCUACAGCUCCAACAGCCCAGCCAGCCCGCUCAGCUCCGCCAGCCUCACCAGCCCCCUGAGCCCCUUCUCCUUGGUAUCCGGCUCUCAGGGGUCCCCCACCAAGCCCGGGUCCAACGAGGAGCCCGGCCCGCCUCGGCCGCCCCUCCCCAAAGCCUACGUCCCCCUGGAGUCUCCUCCAACCGUCCCUCCACUCCCUAGCGACAGCCGCUUCUGGCCAUACCCCAACUCCCCAUCCUGGCACCACAGUGGCGAGACAGCUAGGGGUCAGCCCAAGGCAAGCUACGAGCAAAGCAAGAAAGACCCCCACCAGACCUCGCCCUUGGACGCGCCCAGAGACAUCAGCCUUGUGCCCACCAGGCAGGAAGCAGAGGCAGAGAAACAGGCAGCUCUCAACAAAGUUGGCAUUGUGCCCCCCCGGACAAAGUCCCCCACAGAUGAGGAGGCAACCCCUUCAGGAGUGGUGAGGAGGAGUGCCAACGGGCUGACCAAUGGCCUGUCCUCCCGGCAGGAACGCCCCAAGAGUGCCGUGUUCUCUGGCGAGGGGAAGGUCAAGAUGAGUGUGGAGGAGCAGAUCGACCGGAUGCGGCGGCACCAGAGCGGCUCCAUGAAGGAGAAGCGAAGGAGCCUGCAGCUCCCGGCCAGCCCAGCCCCCGAGCCCAGCACCAGGCCCGCCUACAAAGUGGUACGCCGCCACCGCAGCAUCCACGAGGUAGACAUCUCCAACCUGGAGGCCGCCCUGCGGGCAGAGGAGCCUGGUGGGCAGAACUACGAGACGCCGCGGGAGGAGAUUGCCCGGCUUCGCAAAAUGGAGCUGGAGCCGCAGCACUAUGACCUGGACAUCCACAAGGAGCUCUCCACUCCAGACAAAGUCCUUAUCCCCGAACGGUACAUCGACCUGGAGCCCGACACGCCCUUGAGCCCUGAGGAGCUGAAGGAGAAGCAGAAGAAGGUGGAGCGGAUCAAGACGCUUAUUGCCAAGUCCAGUAUGCAGAACGUGGUGCCCAUCGGCGAGGGGGACUCUGUGGACGUGCCCCAGGACUCAGAGAGCCAGCUGCAGGAGCAGGAGAAGCGGAUUGAAAUCUCCUGCGCCCUGGCGACCGAGGCCUCCCGCAGGGGCCGCAUGCUGUCUGUGCAAUGUGCCACCCCAAGCCCUCCCACCUCCCCCGCUUCCCCGACUCCACCAGCCAACCCCCUCUCGUCUGAAUCCCCGCGGGGCGCCGACAGCAGCCAUGCCGUGCGGGUCUGAGCGCGGACUGCAAGCCCUGGCCGAGGCCAAUGCUGGGAAGCUCCACAGAGCCACAUUCUGAAGCUGUCCUCUACCUGCCUGAGGUCCUGGCUCCUCACCCUGGCCCCCUGCCCCUGCGCUCCUGUGGGAAUGCUGCAAGGAGCCAGGCUGGGGUCCAGGGCUGCUGCCGAGAGGAGUGUGGGUACCUUGGUGUCCACACGUCCACUGCACCUCGCCCGGAAGCUGUCAUCACUCAGACUGUGGUCCUAGGCCAGGGCCUGAGAUGAGCGGUAGGGGGCCCUGUCCUUUCUGAUGCCUGAGUCGCGGGGGAUCCUCAGCCUGGCUCUGACUGGGGUUAUGCUGGUCCUACUGGAACAUUCCCGAUGGAGAAUGUGCCCUGGUGGGUAGCACUCCCUUGGCUGUCUUAGGUCAGAGCUAGAGGUGAAGGGCAGUCUGAACACUCUGCCUCUUCAAGCCCCACGUGACACGGAGGACAGCACCCGCUGCCAUCCCCCACCCAUCUGCCCAUCCUUGUGUCCCAGCCGUGCCCAGGGCUCUGACAUAUCUCUGCUUCUGGGUGCUCCUCUGGGGCCCCGGGGGACUGACCACCCUGUUUGAGCCAAAGACAAGAUGAGAGGUGGGAGAGGCCCCUGGCUCCCGGUGGGGACGGCGCUGGCUGUGGGUGGAGAGCGGCAAGUCUGUGCAGUGUCAGGGCAGGUCGGGAAGGGUGCAGAGAGGAGAAGAGGUUCUCGGGGCGUGGGAGCAGCAGGACGCAUUUGCAAGUCAGGGAGAAAGAGGGAAAUGGCAAGGGUAUCAGAUGGGUUUUCCCUGGGUGGAGCCUUAACUUGGUGCCAGGUCAGUGCCAGAGUAUCACCUCUGCUUCCCCAGGUGGGCCUAGGAGGACCUGCCAGCGGAGCACACAGCAACCUCAGGCUUCAGCUGAGGUGCUUGGUGUGAGGAUGGAGGUGUCUGGUCAAGGGGAGUCGGUAGCAAGUGCCUGGGAGAUGGCUCUUUCUAUGCCGGGCCUGGUGUCGGCCCGGGCUGGGGCAAAGAGGACUUGUCUUCUGCAGGGCGCGGUCAGCCUUGGGGCCUUACUCACCCUGGUUCCUGACAUUUUUUUGCCCUAUUCUCUGUGGACUGUGCUGUGGGCCAGCUGAGUUUAUGCUCGAGGGAGAGGGCAUGAGGCCUUCAUCUGGGGAGGCCAGAUUCCAUCCCUGCUCCUCUUCCCAGGCAUCCAGGAUGAAGGCCAGUUGAGGUUCACAACUGACCGGGCCAGAGAGGCCAGUGCAGGGGAGAGCAAAGUGCAUUCCUCCUUCACUCCACCCACCUUGAUGAAUGUAGCCAGAGUGAAGCUGUGGAGAGUGAGGCUGAAGACGUCUUUGCCCCUUGGGCCUUCUUGCCAGAGCUGCUGCCCGGAGACUUCGGCCUGACCUCCAGUGGCCCCAAGAACCACUGCUUUAUCUUCCGAUUCCUCUCCACUCCUUCAUGACUGGGAAAGUUACUGGUUCAUAUGCAAGUAAAGAUGACAAUGCAUUCAACAAAUAUUUAUUGAGCACCUUUUAUGUUCCAGGCACUGUUCUAGGUGCUUAGGAUGUCCUCGUGCUUCUGAGGGAUGACAGCCUGGGAGAAACCCACCUAUCUCACUUCUAGUAGGUUUUUUGAACAUGACACUUGGCUGCAUUUCUCGUCAUCGGCUCAAGCAUCCCAAAUCUGUCCUUUCUCUCCUACAGACUAGCAGGUGGGAUUGGCUCCCAGGUUACCCUCUUCCCCGUCUUUCCCUGCACCUGGCUCCCUCUACAAGAAACAGACUUUGUAGGUUCUUCCAUCCCUGCCCGUCUCUUUGUCUGUCUCUCCCUUUUUUAACUGAUAUUUUUAGAAAUACAUGUAAAAUACCAAGAAAUAAUGUCUGCGCCUCUGCCCCUUUCCUCUCACCCCCUAAUUCAUAAAGCUGGCUCUUUAUGUUGCUUUACAUGCCUUAAUAUAUGUUUUAUGGAGAUUAUACAUAUUACAGAUAUAUACGUAAUAUAUAUAUAUACAUAGUGCGGAUGUCUGAGCCUUUCCUGCAGCCCCUCCCAGCCCAUUUCUCCCCUGACUCCUUAACCACUCGCUGCAUGUUGAGGCCACACCCCUUGCCUUUGGAUCCAAAGAAAGGGAGAGGAAAGACUUAUUUUAAGACAGAUGUAUUUUACGCUUUUGUUACAAAAGCAAAUCUAUUUUCAAAAUGUGCAAUGUCUGACUAGGAUUGGCAAAUGAUGUGGAGAGACGAGGACAGCUGCCUCUCGGUCCUGCCCCAUGCCCUUCUUCUUCCCCAUCCCACAGUCAGCAAAAGGCUGGUCCCGAGCGUACUCAGAGCAGGGCAUUCCCCCAGCAGUUACACCACCUGCUCUUGGUGACUGAGGGUGGGCCGAUGGGACUCCUCUCGAAGGAGAUGUCCACAGUCGUGUGCACGGAGGACACCCCUGCAGGCACACACAUCUGGCUGGGCUUCUGGACCGCCUCCCCUCACUGCAGGGAAGGUGAUGGCGCCUCUGCUGAGCAGCACUGAGGAGGGGCUGCUCCUCGAUGGUCCCCUGUCUGGGGCAGAGCCCCGUGGAAGCAUCCCAGGAUCCUCUGGGCCUCUCUGGCUCUCUAGUGCGGAUGUAUGUGAGUUCCUCGGACGCUCCUCUUUCACUUGACCCUCUCUGGGUCACAGCUAUGGCAUCUGCAACCUUUCUCUCUGGGGGCUGUUCUCAAGAGGCUGGUCUCUCGGUCUGGCAUCCAGACUGUGAAAUCAGCUUCUAGGCUAAGGAGGGUCCCACGGACAAUGUCACCUCUCCUUGUGACUCAAGAAACCCCAAGGACUUUUCUCUGGCAGGCUGCCACCGGGACACUGAACUAACCAGCGCAGCCCUCCAAGCUGCUCGUCAGCCAGCGAAGCGGGCCAGGGGCCCUCGCCUUGCAAGGACUUGGGCAGGAUGGAGGUCCAGAUCUGACAUCAGAGGUUACGGAAUCUAGCCAGAGCUCCUGGCCAGCCUUUGAAGCCUGACGCCCAACUUUGGCAUUUAUGGCUCCCUGUUUCCCGCCUCUAUAGUUGGCAGUGAAUGGAUAGAGCUCAGAGGGAGGCCCAGGGCUAAGUAACCCCCCAGGGAGAGCCCUGGUUCCUCAGCUCGGGCUUUCCGGGUUAGCACAUUGCCUCCCUGGUCAAUAACUAAGAGGCUGCAAUCCAGCACUGCUCCUGUCACUUUAAAGAUUGUCUGAGGUCGCUGGCUGCGGGUACUUGCUGCCCUGCCUUUGAGAGGCUUGUUCUUGGGGCAGAGCGGACCAUAGCAAAACAGGAUCGAUUCCUUUCCCUCUAAGCACCCUCCACUUGGCAGCUCUUAAAACUAAGGCAAAAUAUUAUAUAUAUAUAUAAAUACAUACAUAUAUCUAUUUAUGCACAUAUGGGGCCAAUUUGAUUUGCUAGUAUUAGACAAUAAACCAUUCAAGGACA